AUGCUCUACUCAAAGCUCUUCGUCGCCGCUCUUACCGGCAUCACCUGCGUCGCGGCUAUGCCCGCCGAGCAGCCUGCCGAGUUGGCCAAGACCGAGGCGUUUCCUCGUGGCGAAUGCCGCGAUGCACGCGACGACCUUUACUGCGGUCGCAGUGUCAAGGAGUUCACUCGCUACGAUGCGAAGAACAGGCUCUGCUUCGCUAACGACGGAGGUAACAGGCUCUUCUGCGCCAUUCGUGAGCAGCAGGAGUUGGCUAUUGAGCUGGCUCGCGAAUUCAACAGAAUCACCCGAUGUGAGAUUGAUCAGUACUACGGCUACAGAGAACGCCGCUGCGAAUGCUACCGCCGCGGCGAUGGAGACCGCGGCGAUGGAGACCGCGGCGAUGGAGACCGCGGUGGAAGAGGCCGCGAGUGCCGCGAUGGAGACCGCGAUGGAGACCGCGAUGGAGACCGCGAUGGCGACAGACGCGGCGGCCGUGAUGGUGACCGCGAUGGUGACCGCGAUGGUGACCGAGGCCGUGGUGAUCGUGAUGGUGACCGUGGCCGCGAUGACCACGACCCCAAUUGCAAGGGCGAUGACGUUGCUUUCUGCGCGGCUAGCGAGGACUUGAUCAUCACCUAUGAGCGUGGCGCGGAGAUUUGCGACAGGAACCGUGGCAACUACGUCUUCUGCGCCAACCCAGAGCGCGGCGCUGCUCGCGAGAAGGCCAGAGAUCACUUCCGCGACCGCAACAAGAAGCAGGCUUAG